AUGGGCGGCCGCUGCCUGCCCGUCUGGCUGUGCGCCCUCGCGGCGCUGCUCUGGGGGACGCAGGCCAAGGGCAUCCCACUCUUAGCACGGCCCGCGUUGCCCGGUGCUUCUCGCUACAACCUCUACACGACGGGAUGGCGCCCCAGUCUGCGCCCGGGACCGCACAAAGCCCUCUGUGCCUACGUGGUGCACCAGAACGUGACCUGCAUCCUGCAGGAGGGAGCCGAGAGCUAUGUGAAGGCAGAGUACCGGCAGUGCGGGUGGGGACCCAAGUGCCCCAGGACAGUCACGUACCAUACUGUGCUCAGACCCAAAUACAAGGUUGGUUAUAAGACAGUAACUCAGCUUACCUGGCGCUGCUGCCCUGGCCUCACUGGAGAAAACUGCCCCGAGCACCUUACUGACCAUGGGGCCACCCCACCCCAGGUGGAGCCUGAGCCGCAGACUCCCUCCGGACAGCUGGGCCCAGGACCCAGGCCCCCUCCACACAGCAGAGCAGCCCCAAGCCCCCACGGAAGGAAAGGCCCAGGACUGUUUGGUGAGCGUCUAGAACGCCUGGAGGGAGAUGUCCGACGCCUGGCACAAGCAUAUGGUACCCUCAGUGGCCUGGUGGCCAGCCAAGAAGACCCCAGUAGGACAAUUGGUGGACCCGGGGCUCCUGCUGCCCCUGCAGGUUUUGGGGUUGUGGACUGGGGAGAUGGAGUCGGAGGACCACUGACACCUCCCCUGGAGGAGAUCCUGAGCAAGGUGACAGAGGUGAGCAACACGCUGCAGACCAAAGUGCAGCUGCUGGAUGAGGUGCACGGGCUGGCCCUGGACCAUGAGGCGCACCUGCAGAGGCUGCGGGACACUCCACCGUCUCCGCUCACCUCCCUAGCUCUGCUGGAAGAAUACGUGGACCACAGGCUGCAGAAGCUCUGGGGGAGCCUGCUGGAUGGCUUUGAGCAAAAGCUGCAAGGUAUCCAGAGUGAGUGUGACCUGAGGGUGCAGGAGGUACAGAGGCAGUGUGAGCAGGGCCAGGCUGCCAGCAGGAGGCUACACCAGCGCCUUGAUGGCAGGGAGCUGGCCCUGCGCCGGGAGCUCUCGCAGCUGGGCACCCGGCUACAGGGCCUGAGCGUGGCUGCCAGGGGCAAUUGCUGUGGCCAACUGGCCUUGAUCAGCGCCCGCAUAGACAGCCUUGAGAGGAACCUGCAGAUGGUCGCCGAGACGCAGCGGAGCCCAGGCAUCCCGGCUGGGGAUGAGCUUACCAGAUUCUCUGCUGCCGUGCUUGAGGGAGGCAUAGAUGGGCUGCUUGAGGGUCUAGAGCCCCUCAAUGGCACAGAGAGUAGCAUGAGGGACUGCUGCCUGAGGAUGGAGAUAGGGGGCUUUGGAACCAUGCUGGAAGACCGGGUGCAGAGCCUAGAGGAGCGCCUGACAAACCUGGCUGGCCAGCUAAGCCACGACAGCACCCCACCAGGCAGGUCAGCACGCCCCUUCGUGCAGACGGAGCUGGCUGUGCUAGAACAACGGCUGGUCUCCCUGGAGACCUCAUGUACCCCCAGCACCACCUCUGGCACCCUGGACAACCUCGUGACAGAGGUGAAGGCCUGGCAGAGCCAGAGCAAGGCCCUGCUGCACCAGGUGGCCAGCCACGCAGCUCUGCUCCAGCAGCUCAACAGCACCAUGGCCGAGGUGCAGGGGCAGCUGGCAGAAGGCAUGGGCCGCACCCUCCAGGGCGAGAUCACGCUACUCAAAGUCAACCUCAACUCAGUGAGCAAGUCACUCACAGGCCUCAGUGACUCUGUCAGCCAGUACUCGGAUGCCUUCCUGGCCGCCAACUCAUCCCUGGACGAGAGGGAACGCAAGGUGGAAGCUGAAGUCCACGCCAUCCAGGAGCAGGUCAGCAGCCAAGGCUCGAGGCUUCAGGCCGGCCACAAGCAGGUCCUGACCCUGCGGGGAGAGCUGGAGCGACUCAAGGCCGGAGUGGCCAGUAUGGCCGGCAGGCUGAGUCGCUGCCAGGACACAGCCCAGCAGCUCCAGCACGCAGUGGGUCACUUUGACCAGCGAGUGGCACAGAUGGAGGGGGUGUGUGAGAGGCUGGGCCUGCUGGCUACAGGCCUGGACAGCUUGCCCACCAAACCACUGGGAUCCAGGGAGGGCCUGUGGGGCCACAUGGACCAGCUGAAUCGCACGCUGGCCCAGCACACGCAAGACAUUGCCCGCCUCCGGGAUGACCUACUGGACUGCCGGGCCCAGCUGGCUGAGCAGGCCCGGCUGGGGCACACUGACUAGGCAGUUUGGACAGAUCCCAGUCCUGGGAAGGUCACCCCAAAGCCCAGACAUGGCCAGCAGCACCUCCCAGCAUGUCUAACCUUGAUGCCACUUUGGGAAUGGCCUUGAUCCACUUCCACACAAUUGUCCUGGCUAGCAAAAUCCAUGCUCAGUACUACAUAGCCUGGACAACUCU